UACCGCCAACCGCACAUGAAACUUGCGUCUUUCUCAUUUCUCAGAGUCAGACGACCGCUACAUUUUUUAUUUCUACCCUCUCUUCCCCUCCAAACCCUAAUUAUCGCCAUGGACGCAGCUCGAGAAGAUCUCCCUAACCCCACCCCUAUCUCUCAGAUGGACGGACCAGAUUCCUUCCCCAACUCGGACGACACUGACAAGUACGGUUUCCAACGGUCGGAAAUGAAUCAGAGUCCUCUGGCGGGCACCGUAGAUGCUUACGACUGCCACCUUUUCCUCUGUUACAAGAAUCCCGAGAGCUGGCCCCCCCGCAUCGAAGGCUCUGAAUCCGAUCGCCUUCCAAGACUACUCGCUGCUGCCUUAAAAUCUCGCAAGAACGAAAUACAGAGAAAUACUCGUUUGACCAUAUGUCAAGGACGGGAUGGGACAGAGAGUUCAAAUGGCGAUGUGUUAAUCUUCCCGGAUAUGAUCAGAUAUAGGGGUUUGACACAUUUUGAUGCGGAUAAUUUUGUCGAGGAUGUGCUUGUGAAAGGCAAGGAGUGGAACUCUGGGAAGGCCGAAGCAUUGACGGGUUCACAUGUAUUCGUGUGCUCUCAUGGUAGUAGAGAUCGUAGAUGUGGUGUUUGCGGCCCAGCCCUUAUUAAGAAGUUGGAAGAAGAUAUUGAGUUGCAAGGGUUGAAGGAUCAGGUGUUUGUCAGCCCUUGCUCUCACAUUGGAGGGCACAAAUAUGCUGGGAAUCUGAUAAUUUUCAGUUUGAAUGUUCAUGGAGAAGUUACAGGUCAUUGGUAUGGCUAUGUAACUCCUGAUGACAUACCUAUUUUGCUUGACCAGCACAUCAGUAAAGGAAAGAUCGUACAUCGGCUUUGGAGGGGCCAAAUGGGUUUAUCUGAUGCUGAACAGAAGAAAGCGCUUGAGCAAAGGCUUGAGAAAGAUGGAGAAGAAAUUUAUUCCGAAUGCAUCAACACCAAAAAAAGGGAGGAAGAAGCAGAAGAUGGCAGCAGCAACAGCAACAAGGAUGGGACAAGCUGUUGUCAGGGGGCAAAUGGGCUUUCUUGUUGCAGGGAUGAAAAAAGGGUGGAUGAAGAUAGCAGCAGCAAGGGUAUUGGGGGAAAUGGGGGUAAGAGCUUGAGCAAGAAAGGCACAUGCAUGGUGGCAUCAUGGUUUAAAACAUGGGAGCAGGCCGACACUUUUGCAGCCCUCGCUGUUGUUGGUGCAGUGGCAUCAGUUGCUGUGGCCUAUUCCAUUUACAGAAGGUCAGGCUGACAUUCCUAUUGUGCCGUUUGUGGUUUUGCACACAGGCUUUUCUAUUUGUUGUGUACUGCAUUUUCCAAUCCUAAUAUAGAUUUUCAUGAGACAAUUAGUUGGAUGGAUCCUUGCAUACCUACCUAUCUACAGAUAUAGCUUUCUUCAUGAUUCUCCACUGGAAAUCAUGACAUUUUCUUUUCUUGGUUUAUUAAUGAUAACAACCGGUUUACCGGAAAGGGGGGGAAUUUGUUUGACCCAUAUGUAGCUUUGGAUUGGAUUACCGACAUUUGGGAAAAGAAGGAAAUGUAUGGUUAUAGAUUUAUUUUUUA